UUUACUUUUACAUGACAUGGCAGGAGUGGGAAGGCAUUUGAGAAAAAAAAAACAUUGUAUAAUUUUAUAAACUACUAAUCACAUUUCUCCCAAGAUUCAAAUUAAUUAUCAGCAAAAAAUAAGUUGAAAUAAUAAAGUGUUUUCACACCUUAAAGAAAAAUCCAGUACUGGUUUAAGCGUGAACGAUACAUGGAUUAUUGAAGCAGGUAGCAUGGAGCCACGCAUAUAAAGUCAGUAAAUAAUCUUAACACAGAACUAGUAAGAUCUCUUUUUUUGUUUGCUUUUGAUACAGUUUAAAAUAUAGUUUUUAAAUAAAAAUACACAAAAAACGUUAACAUAUUUGCCUUUCAAGUUUAAAAACCGAUAACACUCACUUUGCAAAUUGUCUAAACCACGUUUAAAAAUGUGUUUAUUUUAGGGAGUUCAGCUAAAUUUUUAAUUAAAUUAAGCUCUGCGGUAAAUUCAACUCCGACAUCUUUUAAAUAGUGUCUUAGAAGGGACAGGAGAGCUCUGAUUUUUCACCCCCUGUUCUGGGAUCAGCAUGUUUUCUGACUUCGCGUGAGUCUCAGCGUUAUACAUGCUGCAGUAAGCUGAUUUCUGGUCUGUUCUGGUUCGCGCUGGCUAAGCCCCACCCACAGGGAGGUUAACGUAUUAUGGCUUCCACCUCCGGUGUCGCGCCGCCGCCAUAUUUGUAUCAGACAAAACACAAUAAUCAAGAGUUUUUAAACGGCUCCUCGGCGGGUGAAUCCCUGCCAGACUAUCACACACCCCUGUUGAAAUACAGUUACAGGGUUUACCGGGUAGCAAAAGAGGCAAAAACCAGCCGAAAUAUAACUUUUUAACCAUUUGAACGCUUACGGGCUAACGGCUAACAUAGUUGUCUGGUAAACAGCAGAAUGAAAAAAGUACGCAUUUCCUGCCAUGACUUUCAAAGUAAAAUGGGGGCGGUGAUAAACUGGUAUUUUGGUGAAAUACUUUAGCGUAUUUUGACUCGCAAAAAAUUAUCUACACUUUAAGGCUUUAAUUUUUAUACCGUAUCUUUAUAUAUAUUGGAAGAAUAUUUACUUUAAAAGUGGUAAAAUAUUUUCCAAAAAUAAUAACACAUGUAAAAUGCAAAAAGUCAGUGGGCAGUUAUGUUAAUUUUUCUAAUUAUUAUUUUUGACAAAAAGUUUCUAGUCAGUGUUGUCUCGUGCCAUAUUUUUAUAUUGUUUAGUCUGAUGUAAUUAAAACUCUGAAUAUAAUAUAGCAUAACUUUUUAAUAUUUCUGUACAAAAUAAAAUCUACGAAGAAUUGGUCAAAUAUUUUAGUGGCAUCCAUGGCACAGGUUGUGAUCUAAUAUAGUGUGCAGCUCUGAAUUUAACACAUGAUACAUCUUAGUUGAACGUUAAAGCUGAGAUGACAAAGUAUGUCUGGUAUUCUUCUUAUUUAUAUGAAAUAUUUUGACAAGUGUUCAAAUAUUUGACCAUUUUAAAAUCUGACGGAAUCGCAUAAAUUGGAAGACGCGAUAAAAGCUGCAUUUUCGUGACAUUUAAUUUUUUAAAAUUAAAAUAACGAGAACUAGUCUUAUUUUGAAGGCUCAAUAUCAACUUCCGGCUGCGUAACUGCUACCGAUUGCUAACUUUCAGCAGUAAACAAGCUCUGAGGACUACGACAAGCUACAGAGGUCCCAAAUGCCCGUUUUUAGCGAAUUUUGAAACAGAUUCUUCGCAUAUCUGGCCCAUGCUACGUCUCGGGGAACCAUAAAAUCGCACAAAUCCUCUUCACGCGGCGGGGUUUGCGCUUCUUAGCCGGCUAGCUUGCUAACAUUAGCAGAGAGGAGCAGCCUGGUUGGACCCGAACAAACCUGAAGGCGAUGUCGCUGGUGGAUCUGGGGAAGCGGCUGCUGGAAGCAGCAAGGAAAGGAAACGACGAUGAGGUCCGAAACUUGAUGGCCAACGGAGCGCCGUUCACCACCGACUGGUUGGGGACAUCGCCCCUCCACCUGGCCGCCCAGCACGGCCACUACUCCACCGCCGACGUCCUGCUGAGAGCGGGCGUCAGCAGAGACGCCCGAACCAAAGUGGACAGGACCCCGCUGCAUAUGGCAGCUGCUGAGGGACACACAGUCAUCGUAGAGCUGCUGAUCCGGAGCGGUGCAGACAUCAACGCCAAAGACAUGCUGAAGAUGACGGCUCUCCACUGGGCGGCGCAGCACGGCCACCACGGCGUGUGCGACACCCUCAUCAAACACGGUGCCGACGUCCACGCGCGCAGCAAAUUCGACAAGACGCCGUUCGACAUCGCAGCCGACAUCCAGAACACGGAGCUGAUGCUGAUGCUGCAGGAGAGCAUGCAGAACCAGGUUAACAUGAACCAGGUGAGCAUGAACGUGGAGACGAGCAGCACCACCAACCAGCCACAGUUCAUAAUCCAGGGAAUUCCCGCCAUCCCUGGGGGCGUGGUGAACCUGGCGGAGCUGCUGAACAAGGCCAGCGCAGGAGAGUCGGAGGAGGCGAUGGCAGCCAGCGCUCUGGACUCCAACAUCCAGCAUGCCGCAGUGGUGAACGAGAGCGGUCAGCGGGUCAUCACGAUCGUAACGGACCAACAUGGCAACCUUCAGACCACGGGGGGGAUGUCCCAGCCCUUCUUCGUCACGAUGCAGCACGGACAGCAGAUGCUCGCAGUGCCGGCCAACACGGUGACGGAGGAGGUGGUAACAGAGGAGCAGCAGCCUCCGCCCUCCAGGAAGAGGAAGCUGGAGGUGACCAACAACCACAACGACACAGGAGAGACUGAGCUGCUGCAGAGACAGCUGCAGGAAGCUAACAGGAAGGCUCAGGAGUACCGGCAGCAGCUCCUCCGUAAGGAGCAGGAAGCCGAGGAGUACCGUAUGAAGCUGGAGGCCAUGGCCCAGAGUCAGGCCAACACCAGCAACGGCAACGCCGCGGCCGGCGCCAACGCCGCCAGCCCGGAGGAGGUGGUGGGAGGGGAGGACGAGGAGGAGGGCGCCGCCGGCGUAGUGGAGGAGGAGGGAGAGAUGGUGGUGCUGCAGGAAGGGGGAAUCAUCAUGGAAGGGGAGGAAGGUCAGGUGACGCUGGUGGAGACGGGCGGCGAGGCGACGCAGGUCAGCUCCUAACGCCGGAGGAGACGCAUCGUAACAGGAGGCGGCUGAUUGGACUCAUUUAACUGAGACAGAGGGAAGCAGCUGACUCACCACAGGAAGUACAGAGCAUCCGAGUCAAGAUGGAUUCCUUACAGAGAGACGGACCGGCCAGGAAAGUUCAGCUCUGCUUCAUUUUAAGCCCCAGAAUGACCGGAUGCUGACAGAUCAGCUGACCGUCGCUUCGAUGCGAUC